UUUUCUUUCUAGAGAGAGAAAGUGUGUGGUCGUGGAGAGUGCAAGAUCCGGUCGCACACACAACAGAAGGAGGAAAAAUUCGAGCUCCAAACUCGAAACCCUACUGUUCAUUUCUGUAAGCUGAAGCUCGCCCCCUUCUUCUUCUUUUUCUUGUUCUUCUUCACUUUUAUCUGCAUGUUCCAUGCGAUUUCUUGGUUUUGCAGCCGUGUAUUAGGGUUUUGAUCGGAGAAACCUAGCCUUGUUGUUGGCGCCCUAGAGAUUAGGGUUUUCUUUCGCUGUCUUGCUGUAAUUUUUCCGUCAUUUGGGAGAAUUGGGGGUUGCCCUGUUUUGUUACGGCAGACAAAGCUCUAUUUGGGGUGUUUUAUCUUUUUCGGAAAAGGUUCAGCUGGGGUGUUUUGGCUUUGUUUUCUUUUUGGGGAAUAGGGUAUUUAGGGUUUUGGUUGAGUUUCAUGUAUGGCUUCGGGACCUACAGUUGGUGAGGGAGGUGGGGGUGACGGUGUUCGAGAGAAACAGAGGUACGUGGAGAGUAAGGUGUACACUAGAAAGGCCUUCAAAGGCCCCAGGAAGAUCAACAACAAUAACACAAAUUCAAUUGCCGAUGUAACCCCCUCCACGACCUCUGCCCUUGAGAACAAAGACGACAACGAUAAUAACCGGAGUAAGGAAUGCACUACUGCCCCAACCACCACUACCACCACCAACGACAACGACAACAACAAUACCAACACCAAUAGUAACGUUAACCAUGAUAAUGAUAACAAUUUGGCUCAGCCUCUUCCCCGUACCACAGUGACAGAGGAGAAGAAUUCGAUUCAGCAGCAGCUUAUUUCGAAAUUGGAUGCAGCCUCCGACGAUUCCUCAUGCCUUAACCGUCAGCAGGUUGCAGUGCAGAGCACUCAGGACGAACCCUCAGGAGCUGCAGUGCAGAGCACUCGAGACGAACCCUCAGGAGCUGCAGUGCAGAGCACUCGAGACGAACCCUCAGGAGCUGCGGUGCAGAGCACUCGUGACGAACCCUCAGGAGCUGCAGUGCAGAGCACUCGGGACCAACCCUCAGGUAAUGGGGUCAUGGAAAUGGCUGUGGAAAAUCAAAAUAACAAUAAUUUGGCGUCAAGGUCUAAGCAGGAGAUGCGAGAACUUCGGCAUAAACUUGAGAAUGAGCUUCAGGUGGUAAGAAAUGUGUUGAAAAGAAUUGAGGAAAAACAGGGCCAGUUAAGUGAGUCUAGUAAUGUUCAUGGUUCAGCUAAUGAAGUGAUGGGUAAGAUUGUUGGAGAGAAACCGAUUCACACUGAGGUUGCUGCCAUUCAUGUGCCUCGUGAGCCUUCCAGGCCUCUAAAUCAAUUGAGUAUAUCAGUGUUGGAGAACAGUCAGGGUGUGAGUGAUUAUGUGGAGAAGGAGAAAAGAACUCCUAAAGCUAACCAGUUUUAUCGAAAUUCAGAAUUCAUACUUGGAAAAGAUAAGUUCCCACCAGCUGAGAGUAAUAAGAAGGCAAAAAUGAAUAUAAAGAAGCCCGGUGGAGGAGAAAUCACUCAUGGUUUUGGGCUGGGUUCCAAGUUUUUUAAGAGCUGCAGUUCACUUCUGGAUAAAUUGAUUAAGCACAAGUAUGGUUGGGUGUUUGAUGCCCCUGUCGAUGUGGAGGGUCUUGGUUUGCAGGAUUACUAUACCAUUAUUAAGCAUCCAAUGGACCUGGGAACGGUAAAAUCUAGGCUUAACAAAAACUGGUACAAGUCGCCUAAAGAAUUUGCUGAGGAUGUGAGACUUACAUUUCUUAAUGCUAUGACAUAUAAUCCCAAAGGACAAGAUGUCUACGUAAUGGCAGAGCAAUUGCUGACAAUAUUUGAGGAUAGGUGGGUUAUUAUAGAGUCAGACUAUAAUCAAGAGAUGAGGUUUGGACUGGACUAUGGAGCUGCUCUUUCCACCCCUACUUCCCGGAAGGCUCGUCUUCCACCACCACCUCCUCUUGACAUGAGACGGAUAUUGGAAAGGUCAGAAUCCACCACAUAUCGUCUUGAUUCCAAGAAUAAGCCUUUGAGCUCUACUCCCUCAGGUAGGACACCUGCUCCAAAGAAGCCGAAGGCAAAAGAUCCUCACAAAAGGGACAUGACUUAUGAGGAGAAGCAAAGGCUCAGUAGUAACCUUCAGAACUUACCUUCUGAAAAGUUGGAUGCCAUUGUACAAAUAAUUAAGAAGCGAAAUUCAGAACUGUUUCAACAUGAUGAAGAAAUUGAAGUGGAUAUUGAUAGCGUAGAUGCUGAGACACUCUGGGAGCUUGAUAGGUUUGUGACAAACUACAAAAAGAGUUUGAGCAAGAACAAGAGAAAAGCUGAGCUUGCACUUCAAGUGAAAGCAGACGAUGAACACAAUAUUCCACGAAAGAUCCAGGCCCCUGUUGUGGUGGAGGUCCCAAAGGAAACUAAAGCAGAUGAAAAUGUGGUUUCAUCUUCAGUGCCCGUUCAAGGACAGGGCAAUAGUAGGAGUAGAUCAAGUAGUUCAAGCAGUUCUAGCAGUGAUUCUGGAUCUUCUUCUAGUGAUUCUGAUAGUGAAAGUUCUUCAGCAUCUGGAUCUGAUACUGGGUCUUAAAGGGCUUCAAAUAUUCUUCAGAUGUCAAAUUUUUUGAAGUCGUUACUUCAGGUGGAACCCUCCUCAGCUUUUCUGAUUAAAUUCCAAAUCAGUGUCUUGCACGGGUUGGAAAAGGCUUGAAGGCGCCAUUCAUGUUCAGCCAUUGGCAAGCUUAGCUUUUGAUGUUUAUUGGAAAUAGGGCUUGCACUACGUACCCCCAUGUAGCCAAUCCCAAUUAUUCUGCCCCAAAUUUGUAUAAUAUUGGUAAUACAAGUAGUAAUCUGAUAAUCGAUUAGUCCCUCCUGCGUAGCACCUGUACAUUGCUAACUAAAUUGCUACCAUCUAUUAUUUUGAGCACAGAUCCCCCAUCUAUUAGAGUUUGUAAACCAAGUGUCAGUAAUAACCAAACAGGGGCUGGAUUUCGAUUAUGUUUACCAUGGAGUUUGGUUGGUAGCUUCGACGAUUCCUCGAGCUUCGAAUGGAAGAAGAUUGUGGGUCGCUGCCAUAUUGUAAUUGCAAGUGGUGCUGGCGCUGGCUAUGUCGCCGCUGCUGCUGCUUGUGUUUUUAGUUGUAAAGGAUGAAGAGAAAAUAUGAUUUUGAUCAUUUUGUGUAAGUUUAAUGGAGUUACCCUUUUGUACUUGUAUUGAGUUUGUGGGAGAAUGAAUUUGGCGACUUUGUUGGC